AGGUUGCCAAGAGUCUACUGUGGAGAACUUCUAUAUAUCUAGUUCCCAAACUCAUAUCUUGUACAAUCUUUUACUUAGUAGAAUUUCGAAGGUUUGUAUAUUUGAAUUAUUUGUAGUACAUGAUCGAAGAUGUAUAGCAAUUUCAAGGAACAAGCGAUUGAGUAUGUGAAGCAAGCAAUACACGAAGAUAACGCUGGGAACUAUGCAAAAGCAUUUCCUCUUUACAUGAACGCUUUGGAGUAUUUCAAAACCCAUUUGAAGUACGAGAAGAACCCUAAGAUUAAGGAGGCGAUUUCUCAGAAAUUUACCGAGUAUUUGCGCCGGGCGGAGGAGAUCCGGGCGGUGUUGGAUGAGUACUGUGGAACUGGGCCUGGCCUCAAUGGAGGGGACGCGGCUGUGACUACCAGGCCCAAGACGCCUAAGGAUGAAGAAGGUGGUGGUGGUGGAGGGACGAGCAGUUCAAGUGGAGGUGGUGGCACUGGAUGUUGAGGUGAUGGAGCUUGUUUGGAUGGUUGUUACUCAUUGUAUUGUAUCAUAUUGUUACUUAAAAAAUAAUAUUUGUUUUGAUUUACUUAAAAUGUCUCGUAUCGUAUCGUUAUGUAACGAUUAAUAACCAUCCAAACAAGGUGUAAAAAGAAUUAAAAUUGACUUCUUUAUGUCUUCUAUUAUGUCUACUUUUAAUGUAACAUGAGGAUAUGUAGUAAUACAUAUCCUAUGUAUCAUGAUAUUGGAAAAACGAA